AAUAAAAUUGUAUUCCGUUUAAAAUCAAGACCACUGAUAUGGAGGUUAAUUAUGAAAUACAGAAAAGAAAUAGAAAAAAAUCGGUCGAAUGUUUUUAACCUAUCGAAACAUGUCAGAUAUCUAAUUUCAAGUAAAAUAGCCAAUAAGUCUUAGACGUUUCUCGGUGAGUCUGACGUCUGGAAUGUGUCAAUGUGCAGUGCGUGCAUUCACGCAGGUGGUCAAAUCCCUAGGAGCAAGAUAAUACACUUUAAAGAAUAAAAUAAAAAUAAAUAUAUAAAACAUUUGUAUAAAUUUUGUCUACUCUUGUCAUUUAUAUAGAACUGUCAUAGAAAUAUGUCAGUAAGCUCCUAUAAAAAGAAUUUACAAUUCGUAUUGAUAAAAGCUAAAUAUCUCUAGUCAUAUGGCUAACAGCUCAAUCCUCGACCUUGGGUGUGGUACAAGCAGAGCCACAAGAGUUUUGAAUUUCGGGGGUAAUGCAAGAAUCAUCGCAAAAGAAUUCCUGAGGCUAUGAGAUAAGGCAGUGUGAAUCAGCCGAUCAGAGUGACUGUAGUGAAAUAACAAAUUUUACGAAUAAUAAAAUAUUUUUUAACUUAGCAAUAACACUUUGGUCCAAAUUCUUUUUUAAAUAUACUUUUUUGGCUCACCAGCAAGCAGAUAAAUAUAAAGUACUAUUAAAGAUAAUUUUCUCUGAUAAGGGAUUUAAUACCAUACGAGUCGAAAUAUUACGCCUGUCAAGUCGAUUAUUUGUACAAAUUCAAUAUCUUAUAUCUAGAAGGAAAAUGUCUAAUACCAAUAAUUUAGAGCAACAUAUUGCAAACUUGCAAAUCAAUCAUGGUGAUAAUACAAUUAAAGUGGUUAAAUCCGGGAAGAAAGUUGGCCCUGCUGUUCCACCCAAACCAAAAAAAUGUCAACCCCAGAUACCGCAAAGUUAUUCAAUAAAGACAGCACCAAUGCCAUCAUAUAGUACUGUACUCAAUAAUACUGGAAUAAAUGAAAAAUCUACAAACCUAUACAUGAAUUCACCUUCUCCAUAUGUACCAAUGAAUAUGGAAAAAAAUGAUUUUAAUAUACCCACAUUGACCAAUGGAAAAGAGACUGUAAAACUAUAUCAAAAUAAUGAAAAUUUCUACGUUCAUCAAACAAAGGAAAAGUUUGAACCUAAAUAUGGAUAUGAUGAGAAAAAUUAUUAUUCAAAUGUUGGAAAUUUACCAGCUCCUCAAGUACCAGUGGAAGAUCGCAAUGAUAGAUCUACAAAUAGUGCAGUAUAUAGUAAUGUUGAAUCUCCAUCGCCUAUUUCUGUUCCUGCUCAAAAAAAAACAGAAAAAGAUAUCAUUUACAGUAAUAUACAAUGGAAUCCAAAAUCGGAGAAUACUUAUAGUAAUAUUCCACCUUCUCAUACCAAUGAUGAUUUACCACCACCACCCGAACCUUCAGAAUAUGUUGCUUGCAUUCCAGGAAAUUCAUUUCCUCCACCUCCCGAAGAAUUGCCACCACCACCUAGUCCUGUCUCAUCCAGUUACAGCGAAUUAAGACGUGCAACUUAUCAAACUGAUUUUCCUGCUGGAAAUUAUCCUAAUGAUAUUUAUGGUCCAAGUUCUCAAUCUAGCUCAACAUAUGAAUCUAUAUACGAACCUAUUAAUCCUAGACCACCAUCUCAACUAUCUUGCAAUUAUUCGAUGUAUUCUGGAUAUGGAUCUGCUACUUCGACUCAACCACAGGGAAAAGUAUCUCCUGUGAAAGAAGUCGAUGUUUUAACUGAUUUGUUAGUUCAAGGAAUGUCCGAUAAUAGCGAAGAAAGUGAUAUAUAUGGUAUUUGUGCUCAAUGUGGAUGUAAAGUUGAAGGAGAGGGUACAGGCUGUUCUGCAAUGGAUAAAGUUUUUCACAUAAAUUGUUUCUGUUGCUAUGUUUGUAAAGUCAAUCUACAGGGUAAACCUUUUUAUUCAUUAGAAGGCAAACCUUAUUGCGAAGAAGAUUAUUUAAACACCUUAGAAAAGUGUUGCGUGUGUACUAGGCCAAUUCUUGAUAGAAUAUUAAGAGCUACAGGGAAACCUUAUCAUCCAUCAUGUUUUACAUGUGUAGUUUGCGGGCAAAGUUUGGAUGGUAUACCUUUUACAGUGGAUGCUACAAAUCAGAUACAUUGUAUUCAGUGUUUUCACAAAAAAUUUGCACCUCGUUGUUGUGUGUGUAAAUUACCCAUCAUGCCGGAACCUGGGCAAGAAGAAACAAUACGAGUUGUUGCUCUAGAUCGCAGUUUUCAUAUUCAGUGUUAUAAAUGUGAAGAUUGUGGUUUGAUAUUAUCUUCUGAUUUAGAAGGUCAUGGUUGUUAUCCUCUAGAUGAUCAUGUGCUAUGUAAAAGUUGUAAUGCAAGUCGCGUACAAGCAUUAACAUCUCAUAUGACUACAGAAUUAUAAAUUUUACUGAAAUUUAAUUUCACAAUUAGAUUUUCAUAUUCAUAUACUAUAUGUUUGAUUAGUACUUCAAACAUUUCAAAAUACUAUUUCUAUCUAUUGUUUAAAGAGAGAGAUCAGAAUUAAAUUUAUAACUUACUUACUAUAUAGAGCAAAUAUAUAUAGUCACGUUAAUAGUAGCAUGUCGUAAAUAACUUUAGGUUUUGUGAUUGAAAUCUAUAACAUAACGAAUUUGUACUAUUUUAAAAUGUUAAAAUUAUAUUCAUAAAAAUAUUCUUAUCAAACUGCCGAUUUUAAAACUUUAUAUGUGAUAAUUGUAAUUGCAAGUAACU